AUGGAUCUCGUUAAUCACCUAGAAGGACGCCUGUUGUUCGCAGUGCCCAAGAAGGGCCGCCUUCAACAAUCAACACUCGACCUACUCUCAGGCUCGGACAUCCAAUUUAGACGCGAGACUCGACUCGACAUUGCGCUCGUCAAGAACCUUCCCAUUGCGCUAAUUUUCCUCCCCGCCGCCGACAUUCCUACCUUCGUCGGUGAAGGUCGUGUCGAUCUCGGUAUCACGGGCAGAGACCAGGUCGGCGAACAUGAUGCCAAUCUGGCCGAGGGCGAAGAAUCGGGGGUCACAGAGAUCCUGGACCUUGGAUUCGGAGCGUGCAAGCUGCAGGUGCAGGUUCCCGAGAAAGGCGACAUCACAGAGGCCAAACAACUCGUUGGCAGAAAUGUUGUAACUAGCUUCACUGCGCUGUCGACGCAGUUUUUUGCCGGUCUCGAGGGUGUCAGCGAACGGUCGCAGCCAUUGAAGACAAAGAUCAAAUACGUCGGAGGCAGUGUGGAGGCCGCUUGCGCUUUGGGCGUUGCUGAUGGAAUUGUAGAUUUGGUCGAAUCCGGAGAGACAAUGAAGGCAGCCGGCCUCAAGGCCAUUGACACCGUUGUUCAGAGCACAGCUGUUUUGAUCAAGUCAAAGAACACGAAGAACGAACUCGUUGAUCUCAUUGCCAACCGCAUUCGCGGUGUUAUUGAUGCGCAAAAAUACGUCCUGUGUCAAUACAACAUUCCCCGUGAAAGACUCGCGGCCGCCUCGAAAAUCACACCGGGCAAGCGCGCUCCCACGAUCACCGCCCUCGAGCAAGCCGAGUGGGUUGCUGUCAGUGCUAUGGUUGAGAAGAAGAAGAUUGCCACGGUGAUGGACGAAUUGACCACAGUGGGAGCGACGGAUAUUCUGGUUCUGAAGAUUGAGAAUACGCGGUCUGGUUUCUAA